UACGCGAAAAUCCAAAGAUUUGAAAACUCGAAAAUAACAGAGAAGAGGGAGUCGCUCGCUCAGGUUACCGUUAGGACCAGAAGAGAAGAAUGCCAAAGAUCGCCGACGUCAAAUCCAAAGCCAGAUCGACGAGGAAGCCUCUCAGAGACGUCUCAAAUGGUGGUUUCAAAUCUUCCGUUCGUAAUCCGGUAAUUCAGAAAUCGACCGCCGAUACCCAACAGCAAGAUCCGGUUACAAUUUGUGGCGACGGCGCAAGCCGAGACCCACUCGAUCGACUUCUCCUUGUUCACUCCGAUCUCUCCGUCCUCAUUCACCAGAUCGAUGAACUUGUAGUACAAGCAUUGGAACAAAAAGUGAGGAACAAGAAAGAAAUUGAAUCUUUUGCUCACCUAUUGAACAAAAUGCAAACUUCACUAAAGCCAUGGAUUCCAAGAUUCCAGAAAUUUCUUUCAACCAAUGAUACAACAGUCUCCAAGAAUCAAUUAGAAACAAUUCUAGCAACAAGUAAGAAGAUAACACCUCCAUCCUCUUCUAUAAACAAACCUCUUGAAAACCAAGAAUCAUACAAACUCGAUUUCAUGGUUUCUCCUUCACCAUUAGUAUCAUGGCAUGCUGAGUGUACUCAAGAAGGUGGUAGAAGCCUUUUCAUGCUUACCCCUUUGCCUAAACCUUCAGCAUUCACAUCCAAACUAAAGAAAUCCUCCAAAUCAGUAUUCAAGAACAUAACCAAUGAUCUUCCUGUUGCCACCAGUGAAUUUUCUUCACCUGAAAAGGUGUUAAAAAGGAACAAUACUACUAAUAAUGAUAAUAAUUCUAUCAUUGUUUCUACUCCUUACUUAAAAAUGUCACCACCAAAGUCUUGUAUAUUAUUAGAACCUGCUUCUGAACACUACAACAAGAAGACUAAUGGGGGUGUUAAGAAUGCUGCAAUCAAUGGUGGUGGAGAUUCUGAACCUUCUUCUAGUAGUAGUCAAGGUUAUGGACAUUUAGGUUUGAAAUAUCCAGAGCUUUUUGGAAUUAAACAUGGGGAUAAAAUGGGAAAUUCAAGAAAAGCGGUUGAAGCAUCACCAAAUUGGUGUAUUUCACCACCUAAGACUUGUGUUUUGUUGGAGCCUAGUGAUGAUGAUAAAGUUGUGAUUAAAGAUGUUGACAUAAACUUCCACAAGCCUCGCGAUAAAGGAGUUAUUGAUAGUACGCCAAUGUGUAAGGAUCUUGACACAACGGUUUUAAGAGGGAAGCGUGUUGGGGAGAAUACUUUAAAGAAAGAAUUGUGGAUGAGAUUUGAAGCAGCAACUGGUCAUGAGCUUCGGUUCAAAGCAUCUGUUGGUGGACAUGGACAGACUACUACUAAUACUAGUAAUGAGUGUAGUAAUGGUAAGGGGUUUAUGGAGUUGUUGGAAGAGGUCUGUAGUGAUGACUGAAUAUGUAUUCUUUAUAAACUUGCAAAUGUUUGACCAUGAAGGUUUAUAAGUUGAAUCUCCUCU